UGGCUCCUCGCAGCAGCAGCCGCCGCCAAUUCAGGGCUCCAGGAAACGAACCGCCCUUGUUCCAAAAACUUCGCAGGCUGCAAAACUCCGAAGAAAGUUGCCUCCCUCAACUAAGUUUGGCCAAGUGACACUUCCCAGAUUGAGAGAGUCUCCGGAAGACCAGUAACGCUCCCUUGAGAAUUGCAAGUUCUCCACCAAGAGAAAAUCCGAAGCAUCAACCUUCUUAUCGGCAGCCUAUGGAUAAACCAUGCAACUUUGCACCUCAUCUAAACCCGUUUUUCUGCGCUGUUAUUUAUUCCUUCGCUCUCCUUUGGAGGGAAGCACUGAAUGACGGCUCCGUGUGACCCGCUUUCUUGGCAGAAAACUCGGGGCGAAAAGGCCCAAAUGACUUACCUUUCUUUUUCUGCACUGAGGAAAUUAUUCCACGCCCAUUCACGCCAUUAACUACCCUUCUUGGGAAUGCAGGGAUGGCCAGAAGAGGAAGCCCUACCAAGGAGAAGGAGUCAGAAAAAGUUGAGGGGAGAAGAGAGGGAGAUUUCCAGUUAGGAGAAAACAGCCUGGUUGGGAAUUUGGAUUGCUGGACUUUGUCUUCUUCCCAGGAGAUGCUGGAGGACGAAGAACUUUUGAGGGAGCUGAAGGACUAUCAACACCUUUUGGAAGAAGGCCAGCAAGGUUUUGAUCUCGGCGAACUUCAAGAGCUUGAAGGUGCAGGAGAUACCAAUGCUGCACAUCCCCUGCCUGGUUUAGAGGAGAAAGGAAGUCCCAAGGAUCUUGGCAUGAGGUCUUACUUGCAGCUAGAUAGAAGGCAUAAAGAAGACAACUCUGAACCUGAGAAAUCCAGAGGGACAUGGGACUUUGGAAGCCAGGAGGAUGUCCAUCCUGAACUUUCUUUUGAGGGCCAGUAUGGUUCAGACUUCAGUCCCAGUCCUGAGAUCCUUCAAGACCCCCUCGCUUUGUAUAAAUGCAGCUUUGCCUCCAAUAAUGGGGACGAUGGGCUCUCUGAAAACUCCAAUCUCAGCCCUUCUCCCUGUGGUCCUCCUCCCAUGUGCACCCAACUGGAAAUUGAACCUCAAAUUCUGGGUGAGGAUGGCUUGGACUUCCCUGAAGAUCCCAAGUUCUCCUGGGAGUCAGGAAGAAACCUGGGAAGUCACGGGGGCAGUUCUCUGGCAAGUUCCUUGCCGUACAAUGAGCGACUCUUGGAUUUCCAAUCGCUAGAAGACCUUCAGAAUUAUCCAGGCAUUGAUGCCGAGACUUGUCCAGAGUUAUCCUGGAUGGAGAACUUGGGACAACCUCUUGAGAAAGAACCUCCAGAGGAGGUCGCUCCAACUAUCCACCAGCCCGCUUUCAACCAUACCGAGGAAGGAACUCUGGAUUCGAGAGGGACAACGCAGAUGUCCCACACCUCCAAACCAGUUGGUAGCCAACUGGAGAAGCGAAUGUGCAAGUUGAAAGCAGACGUACCCCAUGGGCUGUGGUCGAAAAGUCCAAGGCAGUCCAGAUCUUUGAGCCCUCAACGAAGGACCAGCCAGAAAAAAUCUGGACAUCUUGCUUUGAAAGAACCGGACCGAGAGAUUCGGUCAAACUCUGGGACGAGAGAAGUCACACAGUACGGCCGAGGGAGACUCAACUACCCAUUACCAGAUCUAUCCAAAGUGGAACCCCGAGUCAAGUUCCCUCAAAGCUACCAGCCACCUCAAGGAAAGUCCUCUCCAGCUUUCCGGAAAGAGGGUAGGAAGCCAGUCAUCUUCAAGUCCCCUGCCGAGAUUGUCCGAGAGGUACUGAUGAGCAGCGGGGAAGGAUCUCCCCAUAAGUGUCCCACGCCCACCAUCUCUGUUAUUCCGGAGGAGCUGAAAUCCCCCAGACAGGCUACGGAGCUCGUGCAUCAGCUUCAGG